GCCUGUCAUCUGAGCCUUGCUUGAUGCAUUGAUUGAUUCAAGGACAGUCCCCCGUUUCUGCGUCGUGGAUGGUAUGGAUGGGUGGGAUGGACGUUGGUCGACAUGAGUCUGGAUGGGAUUUCAGGUGCAUGGGCAAUCAUCAGCUCACUUUUUCUCACCCUCCACCAUCGGUUGCCCUGUUCCAGCUGUGAUGCGCCAUGCCUUUAGCUUGAGCCCUUUUGGCCCUUUCGGCCGCGCCAUGACGACAACGGGAGGGGGCGCGCCUCUGCAUUGUGGCCUCAGGACGUCCCGUCGGCUUCUUCUGGGCUUAGCCGCUGGGGCGAUUCUUUUUGUCGCUGUGCCUUCCAUUCGCCCACAUCG